AUGGCUCUUCCGAAGCGGAUCAUCAAGGAAACGGAGCGACUCGUUGCAGAUCCUGCGCCAGGCAUUUCCGCUGCCCCUCAUGAGGACAACCUUCGCUAUUUCGAUGUUACCAUCCAAGGUCCAGACGGAAGUCCCUUCCAGAAUGGAGUGUUCCGGCUAGAAUUGUUCCUCCCAGAAGAAUACCCAAUGAGUCCUCCGAAAGUGCGCUUUCUGACCAAGAUCUAUCACCCAAAUAUCGGUAAGUCAUUCACUCGUGGCGAAACGCUCGGAGCGAAGACCCAUUCCUCCCAUUCGCAGACAAACUUGGCCCUGACCGAAGCCGUCGAUGUUGUUCGCGUGGAUUCCUCCACUACAGACAAGUGGUCACCCGCACUUCAGAUCCGGACCGUGCUUCUCUCCAUCCAAGCUCUCCUGAGCGCCCCCAACCCGGAUGAUCCUCUGGCCACCGACGUUGCGAAGCACUACAAGGAGAACGAGAAGGAUGCGCAGCGCGUCAGCCGCGAGUGGACUGAGAAGUACGCUUCAGCUUGA